AUGCCCCACCCUUUUCCUUCCUUGCACUGGGUUUGUGCGUGUGUGUGCGUUGGGAGCAGCAGAAACUGUUGGCUGUGUGUUUGGUCGUGCUUUAAAACACUUGUUUUUGUUCUCCAAAAAAAGGAGAAGCUUAGUUUGGAGUUUCAGGUUCUGCAAAAAAGAAAGUGGGCAGUUGAGUUCCUGCCUUCGGGUGUCAAGGAUGUGCGCCUGGAGUGUAUUUGUGUGCCUUUCUGUGUGAGGACACCCACAUUGCUUGGAGCGGGAAGAGAGAGAAAGCAAGCAAGAGAGGAAAGGCAGAGUGAGAAAAACAGUCCAUUGCAAGAGGAGAGAGGAGAAGAAAUACCCUUUGCUUGUGCCAAUUUAAGGAAGAAGAGGAUGAGAGGCUCACGAUGCCUCACAGUGGCCACUGCUCUUCUGACGCUAGUAGCCCUCAAGGCCUAUAUAGAGUGGACUGCUGAAGAGGAGGAGCGCUUCCCAACUCCCCACGGAGCCAGUUGGCACAGCAACUCCAUCACAUCUGCCCAGCCCUCAAAAGAGUCACUGGUAUUCACCCCACAACACUUCAAUGCUUCCAUGCAACAGCUACGGCAAAGCAUCCCAAGGGCCAACGCUUACUGGAAUGAGAAACAGCAUCGUAUCUUUCGGAUCCUGGAAGGUGACUUGGAAAGCAAUGCUUCACGGGAUGAAUGUUUGGGUUCCGGAGCUGCAGACAGAGCGUCCAAGAUCAAAGACUUUGGUUCCUACUCGGAGCUUUACAGGAACUUCAUUCUGUACGACGAAUGCCGGACUUUUCCGCUCUUGAUCAACCAGCCCACCAAGUGCACCCGAGUUGGCAAGAACCACACUUUCUUGCUCUUAGCCAUCAAAUCUUUGCCUGGAAACUUUGCUGCCCGCCAGGCUGUGCGGGACACGUGGGGACAGGAGGGUGCCCCUGGCGGGUUACCCGUCCGCACCGUUUUCUUGUUAGGCACGGCCCAGGGCCGUUCUGGACCUCGCUUGCAACAUCUAGUGGAGUACGAGAGCCAGCUUUUUGGGGACAUCUUGAUGUGGGACUUUGAGGACACCUUCUUCAACUUGACCCUGAAGGACAACCUCUUCCUCAGCUGGACGCUGGAGUACUGCCGAGAUGUCAGUUACAUUUUGAAAGGGGACGAUGACGUUUUUAUCAACACACCCAAGGUCUUGGACUACUUGGGGACUUUAGAUGCUCAACAACCACUGUACAUGGGGCAAGUGAUGGCAAAUGCUUCGCCGUUCCGCAUCCGCAAGAGCAAGUACUAUGUGCCGGAAUCGUACUACGUGGGUCCUUACCCGUCCUAUGCCGGAGGUGGUGGCUACAUCUUCUCUGGAUCAUUAGCCCGGUGGCUCCACUUCGUAUCUCGGCACAUAGCCUUCUACCCUAUCGAUGAUGUUUACACAGGGCUCUGCUUUCGAGCCUUGGGCAUCCGCCCCGAGACUCACCCAGGCUUCCAGACUUUUGAUAUUGCAGAGAAGGACCGCGAGGACCCUUGUGUACACAGCAGGUUGCUCUUGGUGCAUCGACGUAGCCCUCAGCAGACACUUCAGCUCUGGAAACGAAUCAUGGACUCAGAACUCAAGUGCUGAAGGGAGUCAGGACUAGCAGACCUCUGAGUGUGGAGGUUCCAGGAGCAAUGGGAAGCAGAGGCAGGAGUGGCAUGCCUUCUGCAUCCCAAAUGGGUUUCUGCUAUGCAUCCUGCAUGUGGCAGGGGCUUGAGCAUGACCUCCUUAAAUUACAGACUUGGAGACAGUGAAUAUGUGAACUCCAGUGACUAAGGAAUGGCCAUUACUUCCAUGCCCAACUCACAAGCUCCUCAGAACCAGUUGGGUUGGAAACAAAAGCACUAAAAGGCUGGGCCAUUUCAGUUGGCCUCUUCUUAACUUUGUGCUCAGGGAACCAUUGAUCCACUCUGGCAGGGAAGAAAGGGAGGAAGUGUGUUAAGUAGGUUGUUGGGUGAUGUUUGGAAAAGGGGAUGAAUACGUCACCAUUUUCUUAACAGGAUUACUGGAAGGGAAAAUGACUAGAGCUUAGUUCAGAACUCCCAAUUGGCAUCAGUCAUGAACCACUGGCAGUAUGUCCAACUGAAAUGGACUUCAAAGUUGAGGAACUAUUUGAUAUCUUGGCAAAGAACUGCCCUUUAUGGAUCAAGGCUGGAAUUGGAUCAAAUCUACCCCUUUGGGUUUCCCAUUGACUGUGUCCACUUCUCCAUGACACCAUCAUUGGAUGAUUUGCCAUCUUUGGGCUGUCCUUUCCCCCACAAAAUAUGAAAGGUUCUUCCAUAAAAUGUUCUCACUGGCAUUUAAGAGCUUUCAGCUGAAUUAUGAUGGCAUUUUUAGUUUUGGCCUACUAUGGAAAUGUGGACCUCCUGGUGGCGCAGCGGGUUAAACCGCUGAGCUGCUGAACUUGCUGCCUGAAAGGUUGGCAGUUCGAAUUUGGGGAGUGGGGUGACUCCUGCUGUUAGCCCCAGCUUCUGCCAACCUAGCAGUUUGAAAACAUGCAAAUGUGAGUAGAUCAAUAGGGAAGGUAAUGGUGCUCCAUGCAGUCAUGCUGGCCACAUGAUCUUGAAGGCAUCUAUGGACAACACUGCCUCUUGGGCUUAGAAAUGGAGAUGAGCACCACACUCCAGAGUGUGACACGACUGGACUUAAUGUCAGGGGAAACCUUUACCUUUACUAUAGGAAUGCAUACUGGCAAACUUCUCUGAAAUUGAAUUCAAGCCUUAAAUUAGGUUUUCCAAACUUCAAGUAAGUUUUUCAGUAGAUUGUUCUUCAUUUAAGAUGGCUUCUCUGGAUGUUGUUGAGAUUACAAUUCCCUACUGCCUUUGCCAAUGCAGCCAAUAUAUGGGAGUCCUACAACAUCUGGAGUUUGGCACAACCUCUGUACUUAAACCCAAUCUUGUGUCUUUCAAGGAGAAGCAUUUGCCGGCAUGUGCUUUAAAAUGUAAGUUAGUACAUCUAAAACCAAACAGAGAGCCAUGGAGGACAGCAAUGGCAGCUCAAGGUUAGGAAUGUUGUUUCCCCCCAGAUUUUGAAGGCAGUCCUAAACAUUUUCUCAGGUCUUCCUGGCUGAAAUGUGAAAGGAUUUAUAAUACAUCCUUAUGACUUCCAUUGCUAAACUCAGCCAGGUUUGAAGCUUUGUAGUCCCACUUCCUUUCAAGUCAUAACAUUUCAGGUACUUUCAAAGAAUGCUUGCUGUGAAAACUUUCAACCAUUCAGUAGAAGUGUGAGUCAAUGGAAACUUUAAUCUAUUGUUGAAGGCUUUCAUGGCUGGAAUCACUGGGUUGCUGUGAGUCUUCUGGGUUGUAUGGCCACGUUCCAGAAGCAUUCUCUCCUGACAUUUUGCCCAGGCAUUCUCAGAGGUUGUGAGGUCUGUUGGAAACUAGGCAAGUGAGGUUUAUAUAUUUGUGGUAUGUCCAGGGUGGGAGAAAGAACUCUUGUCAUUGGAGUACAUGCCCCUUUCCCCCGGUGUGGGAAAGCUUGAUUCCACAACCAUCACUAUAAUGAGCCCUCCUCUGCAAAUAAUCUCUUUCUUAUCUCGCCUGAGUUUUAAUCAGUCUCUCUUUUAACCAUUACAUGUAGCCCGCCCAUUGUCGUUGUGAUUGUGCCUAUUGUAAUUCUAUAUUGCUAUGUUUUUACAUGUUUUAUGUAAUUAUGUUGUUGUCGUUUAUUGUUUGCGUUUUCGGUUUUAUUUUAUUGUAAUUUGCUGUUUGGGCUUGGCCUCAUGUAAGCCGCUCCGAGUCCCCAUCGGGGAGAUGGUGGCGGGGUAUAAAUAAAGAUUAUUAUUAUUAUUAUUAUUAUUAUUAUUAUUAUUGUCUGUUUGAGGCAAGUGUGAAUGUUGCAACUGGCCAGCUUGAUUACCAUUGAAUAGCCUUGCAGCUUCAAAGCCUGGCUGCUUCCUAAACUGGGCUCUACAGGCUAAUUGAGAUUCGAUCACAGACAUCAGAAGAGCUGCAAGACCA